AUGACUCGAGACCUUCCGAAGCGAUACAACCCGCACAUCCUCGCCGACUCGGCUCCUGCCUAUGAGGACCUGCUUGCGCGCCGCCGACUUGGAAGCACCAACCUGUCCGUUAAGCCCGGCCAGAUCGGUACCUCCAAUGCUACCAAGCCCGAAAACCUGGGCAAAUUCGAGUACGCCCAUCUGCGGGCUCCCUUGCCUAAGGAUCUCAAGGGUUCCGAGAUCUUUCCGACGCACAAAGCGGCCCAGGGCCCCGAGACCUAUUUCUUGAUGCGGAGGAGCAAGGACGGCUUCGUCAGCGCAACUGGCAUGUUCAAGAUCGCUUUCCCCUGGGCCAAGACCGAGGAGGAGAAGGCCGAGCGGGAGUAUCUGAAGUCGCGCGAGUACACGAGCCAAGAGGAAGUUGCUGGCAAUGUCUGGAUCUCUCCUCUUUUCGCUCUGGAACUCUCAAAAGAAUACAAGAUGUACGACUGGGUUCGUGCCUUGCUGGACCCCACCGACAUUGUACACAGCCCGUCCAGCGCGAAGAAGCAGAGCACCAUUACCCCGCCUCCUAAGUUCGAAAUCCCCGAAGACGAGGAAGCUCCAUCCCAACGCAGCCGCAGCCGUCGCUCCGUGUCUCCCAGCAAGAAGCCUUCAUCUCCUCGCAAGUCUCGUCAAGCUCGCUCCGCGAAAGACAUCAUGGGUACCCCGUCGACUGCUGCCGCAAACAACAGCCUCCAAGAGGCCCUGGAGACUACGGUCUCAUUGGAGACUGAUGAACAAAACGGCAUUAUCGAGACCGUGGAAAAAACAGAAGUGAAGACAAGCGGUUCACCAGAGAAGAAGCGUGGUCGCAAGUCCAAGAAGGCCAUCGCCGAGGCUGAGGCCCAAGAGGAUGCCGAGGAGCAGCAAGAGAUUAAGGAGGAAAAGAAGUCCGACAAGAAAACUGAGAAGAAAGAGAAGAAGUCCGACAAGAAGAAGGAAGCUGCCGAGAAGGAAACUGAAUUGGAGGUGACUGCUCAGGCUGAGACCGCCGACCAAGCCUCUACAACCCAGACCACUGUCUCGCUUGACGUGCCUAUCAGCCUUCCUGAGGUCCCUAUGUCAGCUGCUGAGACGCAAGAGAUGAUUGCCAAGGCUCAGGAAAUGGUGGAAGAUGCCAUCAAGACCCAGGCGACAGAUGGUGUUCCCGCAGAGACGACCGCUACGGUGACCAAGAAGCGCAAGCCCACUGACGAGGAUGACGAAGAGACCGCCGCUGAGGCUGCUCAGCGGACAAAGAAGGCCAAGGUUCUCGAGGAUAAGCUCAAGCGCGAGAGGGUCCGGAACCGUGCCUUGUUUGGUGUCUCCGCAGCUUUUGCUCUUGCGUACGUGAUCCCCUUUGUCUUGAUUCAAGCCGUAUACUAA